GUUUUUGUUUUCUAGGUAAGCGGUCGUGGGUGCCAGUCGCUGAAUUUGUUUAAACUUUUUUGGAUAAAAAAGGAGGCAAUAUAAACGCAACGCAACUCACAUAAACGAAGAUUUUUUGACGAAAGAAAGCCGAAAAGGAAUAUCACAAUAAAUAACGGCCAGAAAAGCAAAAGUACAACAACAACAGCAAACAUAUAACCCAAAUCAAAUAGCAUUUGCAAUAUAAGAGGAAAAUAUAUAAAGUGUAAUAGAAACGUAAAACGAAAAAACUAAUUGAAAGAUGACUGAAAUUGAGCAACCGCCACAAAAUGGCAUAGACCCAACGGCAGGAGAUGACGAUGAGAACAGUAAAGCACGUCCAGCGGAUAUUGAACAGGAUAUGCGUGAAAUGGAACGACGUAAACGGGUGGAGGCCAUCAUGGGGUCGAGACUUUUCCGUGAGGAACUCGAACGUAUUGUUGAUUCGGCACGUGAGGGUGGUGCCGGUGCCAGUGGGAUACUCCAGCAAUUAUCGGAUAUUGUCGGUGUGCCAGUUAAUCGUGUGGGCAGCGUCUUUAAGAGCACCAAUUGCAUGGUACCCAUCAAUGAUAUACGUGGCGUUGAGUCCAUGGGCUAUGCCAAGGGUGAGAAAAUACUCAGAUGUAAAUUGGCUGCCACAUUCCGUCUAUUGGAUCUAUAUGGCUGGACACAAGGUCUUGGGGCACAGAUAACAGCACGACUAAAGGUUGAUCAGGAAUAUUUUCUGGUUAAUCCCUAUGGACUGUUGUAUCAUGAGAUCACUGCCUCAUCGUUGAAUAAGGUCGAUAUGCAGGGACAAAUUGUAGAGCAGGGUACAACCAAUUUUGGUGUUAAUAAGAGUCAUUUUGGCAUACAUUCGGUUGUGCACGCCGCACGUCCUGACAUCCGUUGCGCCAUUUAUAUUGGCUGCAGUCCUGUGGUGGCCAUUUCAUCACUGAAAUCGGGGUUACUGCCACUGACUAAGGAUGCCUGUGUCUUGGGCGAGAUCACCACGCAUGCCUAUACUGGUCUCUUCGAUGAGGAGGAACGCAAUCGACUUGUCCGCAAUCUGGGACCGAAUUCCAAGGUCAUUCUAUUGGCCAAUCAUGGUGCUUUGUGCUGUGGUGAAACCAUCGAGGAGGCUUUCUUUGCCGCCUGUCACAUUGUUCAGGCAUGUGAGACGCAAUUGAAACUGCUGCCCGUUGGUGUUGAUAAUCUGGUGCUUAUACCCGAGGAAUCGCGCAAGGUUAUCUAUGAGCAAUCGCGUCGCCCUCCAGAGGAUUUGGAAAAGAAAUUCGCUGCCGUUGUUAGUGCCGAAGAUGGUGGAGCUGCAGCGAGCAAGGAUGAUGCCACACCCAAAGUGGGUAGUCCACCAAAAUGGCGUGUGGGUGGUGCUGAAUUUGAGGCUCUGAUGCGUAUGUUGGAUAAUGCUGGCUAUCGCACUGGCUACAUCUAUCGUCAUCCAUUGAUCAAAUCAGAUCCGCCAAAGCCCAAGAAUGAUGUGGAAUUGCCACCAGCUGUUUCUUCCUUGGGUUAUCUUCUAGAAGAAGAGGAACUCUUCCGGCAGGGCAUUUGGAAGAAGGGCGAUAUACGCAAGGGCGGAGAUCGCAGCCGCUGGCUUAACUCACCAAAUGUGUAUCAAAAGGUUGAAGUUCUGGAAACCGGCACACCAGAUCCCAAGAAAAUCACAAAGUGGGUCGCCGAGGGUUCACCCACCCAUUCAACGCCAGUACGGAUCGAAGAUCCAUUACAAUUUGUGCCAGCUGGAACCACAACCAAGGAAUUUAAACGCGUUCAACAACAAAUCAAGGAUAACCGUCGUGCGGAUAAAAUAUCCGCAGGUCCACAGUCACACAUCUUGGAGGGCGUCACCUGGGAUGAAGCGAAUCGCAUCAAAGAUGCCACUGUCUCGCAGGCCGGCGAUCAUGUUGUGCUAAUGGGUGCCGCCUCUAAGGGCAUCAUUCAGCGUGGCUUCCAGCACAAUGCAACUGUAUAUAAGGCUCCUUAUGCCAAGAAUCCAUUUGAUAAUGUGACAGAUGAUGAACUGAAUGAGUACAAGCGAACUGUGGAACGCAAAAAGAAGAGUAUCCAUGGGGAAUAUACUGAUACGGAUUUCUCGGAAUCAGAGGCCCUUAACUCAAUGCAAGCAGCCGGAGCUUUGGCUCAUGCAAAACAUGCACAAAGCGAACCAGAGACCGAGCACCAAGUCAUACAGAUUCAAACGCAGCAAGCGCCCAUUCCCAGCCAAGCGGAAGUUGUGCUGAGCGAUGAAAUUUCUUUAAGUCUAUUGGAUAAAUAUGCCUUUCUCUAUGAUUCGCGAAAUUAUCUUAACACAUGCUCAGAGGUAUAUCAAAACAGAGAAGAACAGAUUUAUGUAAUAUACAAGGUCGAAACGACCAGCCAACAUAACUAUCCUCCCAUUAAUGAAACGCACACGACUAUGAACUACUCCUCAUCCUUCGCUGCUGCUGCUCCAUCCACUACCAGCACACCUACACGCCCUAACGAAGCAACAUCAUCGUCUCUCUCAUCAUCCAGUGAGAUGCCUUUUCGUACUCUGUCACACUAUGGUUUCAAUUGUCCAAGCACAACUGAGCCAAGUAUUUUGCUGCAUCCAGCACAACAAUCGAUAUGGCUAAGUGUCGCCGAGCAGCGGGAGAAGGUUGUCUCAUUCAUAGAUCUCAAUGCGAUGAGCUUGGAGAAACGUAAGCUACUCGAAACGCUAAGCAUAACCAAGUCAACUAUAGCUGCUGAAACUCUUCCGCCAUCCUCUCCGUCGUAUGUAUCCCAGAUGCACAUUGAAUUGACGCCACCGACACCGAAGCAUAAGCAUAGAAUCUAUAGUAGCAUUGCCAAUACCAGCACCUCAAGCGGCGGUGAGGGUAGAUCGAGUCUUAAUGAUUCCAUUGAUGCCUUGGCCGAUAUAUUUGCAACGGGAUUCAAUUUACACACACCACAAAGAGCUGCAGAAGCAGCAGCAUCUCGUAGCUUUUUGCCCGAUAAUCAUGCCUUGCCCACUGAUUCUCAGGCAAGGGAACAACCCGAGGCUGAUAUGAUGGAGGAUAGUGGCAUAAAUACCACCAUCAAUACGGCAGGCGGAGGAACACGUCGUCAGCGGCGAGUGACUAGCAGCAAUGAUUCAUCCGUAUUGAGUACCAGUUCCAUUGAGCUAUUGAUUAACAUAACGCUGCGUAAUUCGGAUUGUGCCCAAGCGAUAGAGCAAGAUUUUCGUGCUAAAUUGGAAAAAGUCAUUGACGAGGAGAUUAAUAAUAUAGCCCAGCAAUUGGCUAACCAACAGCAGCAUCGUUUCGAGUUGACACGUGAGCCACUGGGAACGCCGACACCGACAUUAUUUCAACGUUGCAACUCCUCGCCGGCUUUAUGCCACACCUAUAGCUAUGUGAAUCUGCCGCAGGCACCAGCUCCAUCGCCAGCCGCCAUAGUCCACACCGAGCUGGAUGAUUUGCAGCAAUUCCUUAGCUCUCUGGACCAGAAACUUCAGAAGCUAUUGGCUAGCAUUAUGGAAGCCUAUGGCCUGCAUCAUAAGGCUAUAAUCGAUUGUCGUAGUAGUAUCUCGAAAUUAGCCGAUGAUUUGGCAACUGGCAAAUUGAGAUUAGGCAUUUAGUUAAACAAAUCGAAUAAAAAGUUAUUCAAUAAGAAUU